UGAUACUGAGCUGCAUGAGCUGUUUGUAUAUUUUGGAGAUUAAUCCCUUGUCCAUUGCUUCAUUUGCAAAUACUUUCUCCCAUUCUGAGGGUUGUCUUUUCGUCUUGUUUAUGGUUUCCUUUAAAUGCAGGUCUUUUUUUCACACUUUUCUGCAACUGCUUUCUUUUUCCUUAACGUGUCAAUUCAUAAAGAUCUGCCUAAUUCCUUUUCACGACUGAAUAGUAUUCCACUCAUAUGGUAAUAUUAUCUAACCAGGCUCCAACUGGGUGAUGUAGGUAGUGUUUCCAGUCUUUUGCCAUCAUAAUUAAUACUUGUAACGAUCAUCCUGGUGUGCAUAUUUUGCACACACAUACAAGUACGUGUCCUAGAAAUGGAAUGCUGGGCCAAAGGGUAUGUGUUGUUUUUUGUUUUUUUUUUAACUGAAGUAUAGUUGAUUUACAAUGUUUCAGGUUUACAGCAAAGUGAUUCAGUUAUACAUAUAUAUCCUUUUUCAGAUUCUUUUCCAUUAACAGGGUAUUAUAAGAUACCGAAUAUAGUUCCCUGUGUAGGUCCUUGUUGUUUAUCUAUAUUAUAAACAGUAGUGUGUAUCUGUUAAUCCCAAAUUCCUAAUUUAUCCCUCCUCCUCUUCCCCCUUUGGUAACCAUAAGUUUGCUUUCUGUCUGUGAGUCUAUUUCUGUUUUGUAAAUAAGUUCAUCUGUAUCACUUUUUUAGAUUCCACGUACAAGUGAUAUCAUAUGAUACUUGUAAGGGUAUGUGGUUUGAAAUCUUUAUAGAUAUUGACAAACUACCCUAAAGAGGCUAUGUCAAUUUAUUGUCCCACCAAGAGCAAGCAUAUCAGAGUACCUGUUUUGCAUUUUUGCUAAUCUGAAUUUCAAAGGUGUUUUAGGGGCUUCCCUGGUGGCGCAGUGGUUGAGAAUCCGCCUGCCGAUGCAGGGGACACGGGUUCGUGCCCCGGUCCGGGAAGAUCCCACAUGCCGCGGAGCGGCUGGGCCCGUGAGCCAUGGCCGCUGAGCCUGCGCGUCCGGAGCCCGUGCUCCGCAACGGGAGAGGCCACAACAGUGAGAGGCCCGCGUACCGCACACACACACACACAAAUUGACUUGAAUAAAGGGAUCCUGGGAACUAAUGUCAGAAGAAAGUGACUCUCUGAGAACCAGCCCUUCCGCGGCCUCACUUUCAGAAAGUGAGCUGCCGCCGCCCCCUGCGCCCGCCGGCUAUGUGUGCUCGCUGACCGAGGACCUGGUGGCCAAAGCCAGGGAGGAACUGCAGGAGAAGCCAGAAUGGAGGCUCCGCGAUGUCCAGGCCCUGCGGGACAUGGUGCGCAAGGAGUGCCCGAACCUGAGCACCUCCCUCGAGGACGCCUUCCUGCUGCGCUUCCUCCGAGCCCGCAAGUUUGACUACGACCGGGCCCUCCAGCUCCUGAUCAACUACCACAGCUGCCGGAGAAGCUGGCCCGAAGUCUUCCACAACCUGCGGCCCUCGGCCUUGAAAGAGGCCCUGGCUUCCGGAUUCCUCACUGUACUGCCCCACACCGACCCCAGGGGCUGCCACAUCCUCUGCCUCCGUCCAGACAGAUGGAUCCCGAGCAACUAUCCAAUUACCGAAAACAUCCGAGCCAUAUACCUGACAUUAGAAAAACUCAUUCAGUCUGAAGAAACCCAGGUGAAUGGAAUUGUAAUUCUUGCAGACUACAAAGGAGUGAGCUUAUCAAAGGCAUCUCAUUUUGGCCCUUUUAUAGCCAAAAAGGUGAUUGGCAUCCUUCAGGAUGGUUUCCCCAUUCGGAUAAAAGCAGUCCAUGUAGUGAACGAGCCUCGAAUAUUUAAAGGCAUUUUUGCCAUCAUAAAACCGUUUCUGAAGGAGAAAAUAGCAAACAGAUUUUUCCUUCAUGGGUCUGACCUGAACUCUCUCCAUUCAAACCUUCCAAGAAACAUUCUCCCCAAGGAGUACGGGGGCACGGCCGGAGAGCUGGACAUCACCGCCUGGAACGCGGCGCUGCUGGCCUCGGAGGAGGACUUUGUGAGGGAGUUCUGCCAACCUGGCCCUCCCUGCGACAGCAUCCUGGGCCAGGCCUUGCCGCCCGAGGGGCUGAGCUCAGAGGCGCCGUGUGAUGACUCCAUGUGGGCUGUGAAAUCACAGCUGUACUCCUGCUACUAGCCAGUCCCCUGUGAAUGUCACCAUCUUUAAAACCUUUUCUUCUUUCUUUGGAGAGGUCCAAGGAGAAUUUGAGGUGCCAUGGAUUGUCUUGCUCCUUGUAACGGAACUGCAGCGUGGAGGAAAAGCCUGUAGGGCUCUGAGGUACGCCGCGGGGUGAGGCUUUGGUUACUUGAAUGACUCCUAUGGAAGACAUGGAGAAAGCUCUCCCAGCGACUCCAAACGUUUGGAAUCCCAGUGUGCAGCCCUUCAUCUGAAGCCGUAUCUGGUUUUGACACAGCUCAAAGCAAGAAAAAUUGGGACCAAAGUCACUUCGAUGCCACGUUCUAAGAGGAAACAACCUGAUUGGCCAGUCAGCACACACCUAUGAAACAGUUUGACCGAGGCUGCAAAGUGGCCACACGUGAGACAAUGGGAGUUUGUGUUCUUCACAUGAACCCUAACUGCAGACCUCUGUGCUCAUCAAGAAACUUUAAGUGUUAGUCCAUCACUGGGUCUGGAAAGCACCUUCACUGAAUCAUGCAAGCACCCAGACAGAAGCAGCACCUCCUGAUCAAAUUCGGGAGCCAGGGACCUCACGUACCUCUGGGAUUCAUGGGUUGAAUCUUGCAAUAGAAACUUAAAGUUUUCCCAGACCCAUAAAGCCUUAGGCCUGGUUCUCAAUGGAAUCAUACAUGAUCCUAGAUGUACAUGAUUUUACUCAACCUAAAAGACUGGAUGCCAGGCCUGUGUAGCUAAAAGAAUUCUGGGGGCUUCCCUGGUGGCACAGUGGUUAAGAAUCCGCCUGCCAAUGCAGGGGACACGGGUUCGAGCCCUGGUCUGGGAAGAUCCUACAUGCCGUGGAGCAACUAAGCCCGUGCGCCACAACUACUGAGCCCGCGCUCAAGAGCCCGCGAGCCACAACUACUGAGCCCGUGUGCCACAACUACUGAAGCGCAUGCGCCUAGAGCCCGUGCUCUGCAACAAGAGAAGCCACCACGAUGAGAAGCCCGUGCACUGCAAUGAAGAGUAGCCCCCCAGGGCUUCCCUGGUGGCGCGGUGGUUGAGAGUCCGCCUGCCGAUGCAGGGGACGCGGGUUCGUGCCCCGGUCCGGAAAGAUCCCACAUGCCGCGGAGCGGCUGGGCCCGUGAGCCAUGGCCGCUGAGCCUGCGCGUCCGGAGCCUGUGCUCCGCAACGGGAGAGGCCACAAGAGUGAGAGGCCCGCGUACCACAAAAAAAAAAAACAAACACAGAAGAGUAGCCCCUGCUCACCGCAACUAGAGAAAGCCCACGCACAGCAACAAAGGCCCAACGCAGCCAAAAAUAAAUAAAUAAAUAAAUUUAUUUUAAAAAAGAAAAGAAUUCUGGCCUAAGAAUUAAGAGACCUGGGCCUCAGCUUUCUCAUCUGUAAAAUGAGGCUGAAUGAAGUGAUCCUGAGGGCCCUUUUGGCUACUACCGAGGUUCUGGGAUUUGGUUUAGUGAUUGAUUGAAUGUUAAACGUCGGUUUUCUGCCUAGAAAGAGGACUCUCUAGAUACCAGUGGUUGCAUCCUGUUUUUCGUAGUACGCCUGGGCCUUUCCAAGAGGGAUGCGUCAUUUUUUGGCCCUGCCUUUAAAGAAACAGUGGACUGGGCAAUCCCCGUUUUCUUUUCAUGGUGAGGGUCAGACUUGGAAAGGAUGGCCGUUGUGAGGGCAGGUGAGAUGCCCAGAAUCUUGGAUGAAUUCCUUCCAUUCCUGAGACUCGGGGGUAUAUUUUAAACCUGGCAAUGGUGAAUGUUUAACUUCCUUGGGAUUCUUAGAUUUUGGCUUCCGGAAAUGAACGCAAAGGCAGAUUAUUCUGGGACCUCCACCCUCACCCCUGCCACCCCAGCCCACUUAAGUUUCUCUCUCUCGUGUUCGGCCAGACUGAAUGUUAGUUCUGCAUUUCAGCACUUUAGACCCUUUUCUGUCAAGAAUUUAGCCUUAGCCCACGCAUCAAAAUAAGUGGUUCAUCUGACGGCUUUUGACCUAUUUCCCUUCAUACUCAUUCCAUGCAAAUGGUGGUGUUAAAAAGUGACAAGUGGGACUUCCCCUUCCCUGGCAGUCCAGUGGUUAAGACUCCGCGCUUCCAGUGCAGGAGGCGCUGGUUUGAUCCCUGGUCGGGGACCUAAGAUCCCAUAUGCUGCGUGGUGUGACCAAAAAAAAAACAGUGACAAGUACCACGCGUUGUGUGUGUACCUUCUCCGUGCAUUUGUUAGAGCAGCAGGCAAGAUGGAUGGCUCAGUUAGGAUUAGAACAGCCCUCUGAAAUUCAAAGGCCAGUCAGGUGUUAAUAAGCUGUUCAUCUCUCUAGCACUUUUAAAAAUGCCUGGAGAAGUUGUUGGUGGAAAUGACUUACCUCCUUAGUGCCAAUUCUGGGGAGAAUUCUUUUCACUAUAGAUGCUAACCCUGGAUGUUAUAGGGACCUGGCUGAGCGGGAAAUGUCAAAAUGCAUACCCCUGGCUGCCUCUAGUCCCAUCUGACAAUGAUAGUGUGACCAGCAUUGCUGGAAAGGUCUAAAUAGGACAAGUGGGAUGGCUAUAGUAGAGGGUUCAGAACUCAACUGCCUGGAUGGGAGAGUUGGUUAGAGGCUUUCUUAGGUCCCAAAGAGGACAGAGUGAUUAAAAAACAAAACAAAAAGGUUAGACACGAAUCGUUCAAGUUUCCAAGGUUUAAACUGUGCAUUGCAUUGCUGGCCAAUUGCCUUUGUCUACAUGUCUUAACGUAGGGAUGACCAAGCUCACCUAGAGAAAUUUCUCAAAGACCAGGAAGGAUGUUGCCCUUUUCCCAGGCCUUCCCAGUUGGAUCAAGGAGCUGUUUCAUUCAGCUUCUGAAAGGAGUCAGAGCCAAGGGUUAUCUACCUUCUGGAGCUGCUGUAUUUUAUGUUGGCUCCAGAGAGAUCAAAUGGUUUUGGCACCUCAGGGGUUUGAACCAAGCUGUGAAACCAGGACCUCCCUGGGUGGAGAACAUGGCGGUCUCCGCAUGGCUUCACCAGGCGUCUGUGUGAAGCUGCCCCAGGCAGGGCAGGGGAAUGACCACAGGAGCACGCUGGGGGCUUCACUCAGCAGUGAGGGCACAGUGAUGGAGCAAGUAGUUGAACACCUGGAGAACUGCGAGUGUUUUCCUUCAGGGAAAAGUUCUGAUCCGUUUCACAAACACCUGAAAAUGAACUUUUCCUGCAAUUCCAGGUAGCAUGGCGUAGGUAAGGGAAAGGAAUAGUAAACCAGGAGACCAGAGUUCCAGCUUUACUUUGCCGCGUGGCCUCAGAUCAGCCACCAAACAUCCCUGAAUCGUCAUACGAUAAAGGGGGUCUACACUCGGAGCUCUGAACCCUCUGUUCCUGGCAUAAGAGGCUUUGUUCUUUUUUUCCCUGCAUCUGGGUGAUUCUUUAGGAAAUUUAGGUCUGAAUGAACUGACACCUAAAGCUUCCAAAUGAAUCUGUAAGCUUGAGAAAUUUGGGGGAGGGCGUGUUCUUCCUCUCUUCUACACAGAAUUCUGGAAAAUUGUGCCUCUUCCUGGAAUCCUGUUCUACCUUCACGGCCAGAGGCUGGAAGAAAUCUACAGAAAUAGCCGUAAGUGCAACCCUGGCUUCCCCUCUUGAGUUUCUUAUUUGCUCUUGGCAAAGGUGGCUUCAGCUCCCUAGUACUUCAUCCCGCUUUCACAAGGAGCCACCUGUCCUUAGAGGUUUACAAACACUUCAGUUCGCAAGAUACUACAUUUUUGCCAGAAAUAGAGUCAGGGUAAUAAGAGAGAUUUUCCCGGAAUUCCUAUGAGAUAUUGAGCCGUUCAGAAUUUUUCCUGGGUGGGCAGCUGCUUUAAAUGCCAUCCGAUUCUCAGAUCAGUCACGGAUUGCUUUUUCAAUUGGGUAGCACCGCAUUUUAAGGUGUUCCUUUGAAACCUCUCCUUUCAUUUAGGAAGUAAAAUGUUCGCUAAGGUAAUGAUGUACGUAUGGCUGUCCCAUGGCAUGAGAGGUGUGGAGAUAGCAAACGGAAACAUAUCGAUUGUUCAGGAAAGAUGUCAGUUCUGGUCAUCCUUUUCAGUAUUGGGAUCUGUGAAUUUUGUUAAUCUCAAGUAAAUUCCCUUCUGCUCUCCUGACUCAGAAAUGGUUUGCUUGAAAUACAAGUAUUAAACAACAUCAGAGUCAAAUAUUCUUCCUUUAUAGAGCUUGCUCCAUGGGAAGGCCCAGGGUGAUUUGUGGAUGGAGAUGCUAGUGACCUUUUUCCUCUUUGCCAAUUAGCUGCUUUUCCUUUCAUUUCACAGGGCGCCAUGUUUUAGUUGGGCAGUUAAGUAGCUGCCAUUGGGAUUCUUGUGGAUAUGCCUCGGCCUCUUGGUAUAUCAGGUGGGAACCUGUUACAAGUGAAAUACUUGAAAAUUCUCUGGGGCCAAGAGCCUCUGACACCACUCUGAAGGGGUGAGAGGUGGACCAAUUUUGUGACCAGAUUGGGGCACCAUUUCGGCCACUGGUCGCAUUCCUCGCUUCAAACUGAAAUUCAGUUUGGCUUCAAGUAUAGGGACACAUGGUGGUGGAUACAUCUACUUCAGUGUUUGUUUUGAUCAAAAGUUUUAUUUUUCUAGUGCAUUUUCUAAGUCAAAAUGGUGAAAACGUAAUUUUAGUAUGCAUGACUGGGUCUUAAAUAAAAAUCUCUGUAAGGUUGAGUGUGUGUGGAGAUCUUUUGUGACAAUGGCAGUUUGGGUAAAGGUUCUGAGGGUUUAUUAUUCACGGGACACAGUGGCCUGGGCAGAGCCUCUUUCCUGGGGAGGCCGGCAGGGGCGCUGUGGCAGCACGUGCAUUCUCUAGACCGUGGGCUGGCUGCCUCAUGUGCAGUGAGAAGACACCAAUGUGAAGAAAGGAGGUGGAGCUAGAUGCCCACAGUGAUAGAUACGCAAACUUUUCCUUUCACAAGGCCCAGGUAUGCUUCCCAGACUGGCCUUUAACCCUGACAGCUAAUGAUUCCUGAGUGUGGGCUGGGCAUCCAUCGUGUUAAGCGCUUCACAUACAAAAUCUCAUUUAAUCUUCAAGCACCCUUAAUGAAAUGUAGUAUUGCCCCUGUGGGGAAAGUGAGGCACAGAAAAGUUAAGCUAGCUUGCCCAGGGACACACAGCUAGUUAAGUAGCGUUGGGAUUCAAGGUCAGGCAGUCUGACUGCAGCUCACGAUUUCCUCCUGAUGGCUGGAGCCAGGCUGUGCAGUUAGUUAGCCCACAGACAGACCACGGAAAGAAGGGAGGUAUUUUAUAGUGAGAAAGUGUCAAUGUGAAAACUGGCUUGUUUUCUGGCUUCUUUGAAAAUAUAAAGCAGAAGUCCUUAACCUCUGAGACCCAAGUUGUAACUGAACAUUUUAUUCUGGAAGCACCUGUAAGUAAACCCAAAUUCCUUGAGGGGUGACUAGGGUGUGGCUUCACCAUCUCUGGUCCCAUGCUGCUUAGCUGUUUCUCUAAGCUAAUGGCUUUUUCUCUGCCCCCUAUUCAUCUCCCCAGAGGAGAGAGAAGCUAGGUCCCCGUCCUUGUUGGGUCUGGUGUGUUGGUGAUGGGUCAGUUGAGAAAUACUCAGGAUAGCCAUACACUUACUGUUGGCUUUUGAGGAAGCCAACAGAAGUCCUUACACUGCAACAUACCAGCUCUUCAGGUCAGCCUUCUCUAAGGAACUUAGUCUGUUUCUCACAUCUGGAAAAAUGGAGCUAAUGGCUCCAAUCCUUUUUACCUCACAACAGUGCUAGGUGCUUUACAAGCCACAGGAGUGAUUUUCCAUGUUAUGAGCCAGCACUUCCGGUUUCUCUUGUAAAAUACCUCUUAGUUCCCCAGCACCCACUGCUCACAGUACUGCUUCAGCACUUCUAUAUAAUCAGUGGCCCCAAAUGUUUCAUGUUAUUGCAUUUAAAGCUGGUGGGUAAUAGAAUCCUUUAGGGCACUACUUUUCUGGAAAAACAAUUUUUUUAACCAAAUGUUCACUCUCUCAUCUGAUAAGGUGCCAGUACCUUGGGAUACAGUGACCCAGGAAGACAGCAGUUAUUGCCUUCAGGGAGCUACUAACUUUCCUUCAUUAGUGAUGCGUUUAUAGAGAGCCAGCUGGCUCCCCUACAUGUCUCUAGGCAGUCUCUAGUUUAUCUUACAUCCUUAUGGGCCAAGGGAAAUUGGGGUCUAACUGGAAAAAAUCAAGCCCUGGGUUUGUUUCUCUGCUUUGCCUCUUACUAAGUACCUGUGGGCAAGACACUAACUUCUCUACACCUUGGUUUGAUCUAUAAAAGGGGGAGAACCAUCACCACCUUACAGGGCUGUAGAUAAUGUCUGUUCAUUGCUUGGUACAUGUUGCUGUUUUGGGGUAGCUCUCAUUCUUCUUCACCUGAGGCUACAGGCAUCACGUGGCUUGAGUCAUUCAGCAGUAAUUAGGAGACCACCGAGUAGGCUGCCUGAUUUGGGCUCCUAGGUAACAGGAUGGAUAGACAAACACACAAGUGUAAAGAGAUGAACAGCAGCUCCCAUUAAUAAGCAUAAGCCUGGCAUCUGCCAUCAAUCCACAGAGAUCACAUGCAUGACUCGUAUUACUGAAUACUCAGUUUAGCUUGACUGUGUAAAAAGAAAAAUAUAAUCAAGCAGGGACUUGGAAUGGACGAAAAAGCUCUCCUGGUUUAAAUUAGGCCUCAGUCAUGGUUUGGUCCAGAACAUCAAAAAGCACCUGAAAACCAGGUCUAUGGCCAUUCUUUGGGAGUAUCUUUGGUUGUCAAGAGGUUUAUUUCCCAUCCAACUGAGUACCUAGCAAGAGCAACCUAGACAGGGAACUCCAACAAGGGCCUAUAAGCUUUCUCCCAGCUCUAAGCAUGUAAUUGGCAGCCAUGGAUGUUGCCUUUGAUGAAUUCCUAGAGCACACUGCUGACCUCAAAGCCAGGGACCCCAAUCUGCAAUAGUGGGGGACAGAGAGGCCUGUUCAUGGUGAUAAGACACCAGGUGACUCUUCUGGAAGGGGAUAACACCAUGAGGUCUGAGGAUUCAAUACUCCCUUGCUUUAUAGUAUAAUCCUGGGCUUACCGAAAACACUGACAUUUUUUAUGCAUGUGUAUAAUUCAGCACUCAACGUGUGUAAUUCACUUGAGUCUUGAGUAAACUACUGGGUGUCCUAGCAACAGGCCAACUUUAACUUAUUCUUAAGGUAUAACCAAGCAAAGCAGGGACACCGCCCUCUCGUUUUUAAAGAGAAUUUGUUAUUUCAAAUUAAUAUCAAAGUUAUCAUCAUGAGAAAAAAAUAAAACCUUUAUUGGACUUUGUUACAUUUACUUUACAGUUUAGUAUUGCUUUUACCUUAAAGGACAUAAGGUGGGGGAUGGUACACGGUAAUGUUCUGGAAGUUCAGGACCUUUAAAAGUCUUAAUCUGGCUGGCCCUGCUUUAAGGAAAAUGAGGUGAUUGCUUUUCACUGGCAAAGUAAGGGGCUACACCUCCCCGAAUGGCCCCCCAAAUCCCUGGCAACUUUAUCGCUGAACCACGGCAUAAAGAACUGGUUUAAAUGGUGGCGGUUCCAACACUUCAUAUCAAGCCCUGUUUCCUGACCCCUCACCUAUAGCUCAACUGAGACUGUCCCCUCUAUGUCCCAUCUGUUUAAUUCUGUAAGAACACCUCAAAUCUAACCUCCGCCAGAUUAUGGCUGAAUAUCUCUCACCUUUGACUACUGUCCAGUCUCAUAUUAGCCCACACGGAGAUUAGCAGCUACCACCAGAUGGUGCUUAAAAUGGGUUAAGCACUUAAAAUGGGUUAAGCAAAGUAGUUUUAUUCCCUGAACAAUCUUUUGUACUAAGAUAAACUUUCAAACAAAGGAAACACUGAGGCUCAGACAGCUUGUCAUUUGCCCAAGGUCAUAAAGCAUAGUAUAUAUUCAGUAAGUAUUAACUGACCAGUCUGACUGAUAGAAAAUGACAAAGCUUGUUUGCAAACCUAAACAGUCUGACUCUUAGCCAUCUUGAGGGACCACCUCCCAUCUUUCUUCUAGCGCAAAUUGUUCCUCCCCUUCCAGUUUUUCUCACCAUAUAAACGGAACCACCAUACACUCAGGUGAUUAAACCAGCAUCACUCAGGAAUCUACCUCUCCCCCAUAGCUACUCAAUUGCCGAGUUAAAAUUUUUAAUUACUCAGUAGCUCUCAGCUCUCAGUUUCUCUCCAUCCUCACCUUGACUUCUUUGUUUCAAACCUUAUUAUAUGGACUGCCCCUGGUCUCAUGUCCCUAAAGCCAUUCUCCAUAUAUCAGCCACAGUGACUGAAGACGUCAUUUGUCCACGUCACUCUGAAUACGUGAAUAUGUUCCCUGCUGCCCUCGCAUAAGGUCCAAACUCUUCAAUGUGGUUUACAAAGCCCUUCGUGACCUAGUCCCUGCCCACUUCUCCCCUUUACAGCUUCACUGAACAUGUUUUUUUUAAAAUCUCCCUACCCUUAACAUACCGUUUAGUCUACCCUUCAGCAAUGCCAUUCCACUUCCCCAUUUCUCUUUUAUUAGCUAACUCCUAACAUUUCUUGG